GCGCCAUCUUGCCCCGCUAGUUGGAAGGUGACCGUUGGUCAGUUAUGAAGUCCGUGCCUCACGUGCCAUGAGUCUGUGGAGAGGAGCGAGGUUGACGAGCGGUCUCCGCCCCCAGGGACUGGCCUGGCUCCUGCGGGACGGUGGCUGCGGCAGGAGGGGAUGUUCCUCCAAGCAAGAGGAGCAGGAGAGCGGCCCUCCCGAGUUCUACGAUGUGGUUAUCUCGGGCGGCGGGAUGGUUGGCACCGCUAUGGCCUGUGCUCUAGCUUAUGAUCCAAAUCUAAUGGAGAAAAAGAUCCUGCUUUUGGAGGCUGGAAAUAAGAAAGCGGAUGGCCAGCUACCAGAAUUGUAUAGUAACCGAGUGAGCGCACUUACUCCAGGCACUGCAGCAUUCCUAAGCCGUUUGGGAGUUUGGGAUCAUAUAUGCAACAUGAGAUACAAGCCAUUCAAGAGAAUGCAGGUUUGGGAUGAAUGUUCAGAUGCAAUGAUUACAUUUGACAAAGCUAACCUGUUGGAGGACAUCGGCUUCAUUGUUGAGAAUGACGUGAUAUUGUCAGCUUUGUCUAAACAACUGACUGCUGCUGACAGGGUGCGUGUAUUAUACAGGAGCAAAGUGGUGAACUAUACGUGGCCAGAACCAAGCCUAACACCUGAUAUGAACCCAUGGGUGCAAAUUGAACUUGCUGAUGGGAGUAAACUUCAGGCAUCAGUACUGAUUGGUGCAGAUGGUCCAAACUCAAUGGUGCGGCAGUCUGCUGGUAUUCAGACUAUGCAGUGGAAAUACGAUCAGUCUGCUGUGGUUGCUACCCUUCGCCUUGCUGAACCUACUGACAACAAUGUGGCUUGGCAGAGGUUUCUGGUGACUGGGCCAAUCGCAAUGCUUCCGCUGUCUGAUAAUCUCAGUUCCUUAGUGUGGUCAACUUCCCACCAGCAUGCAUCUGACCUGCUCAGUAUGGAUGAAGAGACAUUUGUGGAUGCCAUCAAUUCAGCUUUUUGGAGCAAUGAGAAUCACUCUGAAUUUAUUGACACUGCAAGCUCCAUGUUAAAGACAGCUUUAAUGUUCCUGCUGCCAUCUGGCACAUCGGUACGUCAGCUGCCACCAAGCGUGGCUCACAUUGACCCAAAAAGCAGGGCUAUGUUUCCACUUGGAUUGGGUCAUGCCACGAAGUAUGUUAGACCACGUGUUGCUCUCAUUGGGGAUGCUGCACACAGAGUUCACCCAUUAGCAGGGCAGGGAGUCAACCUGGGUUUUGGGGAUGUUGUUAGUCUCUCUCAACAUCUCAGCGAGGCAGCCUACAAUGGCAAAGACCUAGGGUCUACCAACCACCUCAAUGCAUUUGAAACAGAGCGUCAGAGACAUAAUCUCCCUGUCAUGGCUGCAAUAGACCUGCUGAAAAGAUUAUAUUCAACUAAAAGUAUACCAUUGGUCUGUCUGAGGAGUCUUGGUCUGCAGGCAACAAAUGCAUUUGUACCUAUUAAGGAGCAAAUCAUGGCAUUCGUCAGUAGGUGAAUCGUAUUUCGCAUCUAUCUUGGAUUUCUUCUAUCUCUGGAGAAUUGCAAAUUCUGGCUGCUAGGAAACUUUUUAUUUGAAUUCUUGUUGUUCACUGUAAAGGACUGAUUUGUUAUAUUUUCUAAUUUAUUACAUUGGAAUGGAAUACAUGGUAAAUAUUUGAUUUGUACUAUACUAUCAAAUUCCUUGUCAGCUUGCAUCCAAAAUAAUGUGCCACAGAACAGUGAACAUGGAUGGUGAAUGGUACAAGAAAUCCAAAAAUAGUCAGAAUGACCUCAUCGCCCACUCACUGGUGAAGUUUGUUUGUGGUUUGUGACAGUCCAAUGCAUGGUUAAAUCUUAUAAAGGAAAGUACAAAUUAAUUCAGGUUGAUGAAUCAUAACGUGAUUAAAAAGAGAGAAGCCGCCUGAAUGCUUAAAUGCAUUGAAUUGUUACGCUGUAGAGCAAAAUGUACACUGAUUGCUAUCAUUUUGUUUAUGGGAAGGGACACUGCAACUUGUUUUGUGUGAACAGUAUGCACAGACGUCAGAUAGUAGUGUACAUUGAACUAUCACUGUGUUUUAAGAAACUUGAGCCUCUUGUACCUGAUGCAGUCUGGGUCCAUCAGGGUAAAGAGAAAGCAAACCGAGACAGAUACUGUAAGAGUUAAUUAACACUUACAAAUGGUAUUUUUAUAAAAUAAGGCCAAAAUAGUGAAAUUACAUAUUAGAAAUAAAAGUUAUACUAAUGUUUUGUGAUUUGUAAACUUACUAAUUUUGAUGUAGAUACAUUGUGAACUGGUAUUGCAAGUGGUGUCUUCAGAAGUGAGGGAUCUUUUGAAGUGAAUGGUCACAAAAUAGCAGGAUUUCUAAAAGUCAAGUUUGCAAAUUAAGCAAAUCUUUCAGAUGUUUCCUGGGUGAACUCUGGUAGUCAUGUGCCAUUUGGCUCAGACCAUCAGUGAACUUGGGUAUAGAUUGACUUUCCAUAUUUUCCUACUAUUUUUACCGGAGCAGUAUGCAAUUGCUUCCAGAGUUCUGAUCUCCGAGUGCUGUGAAUUUUAAAAUCCAGCUUAAUGUUUUCAUGAAUACAGUGAAUUGUAAGAACUGAACAGAUGAAAAUCUUAUUUUGUCAGUCAGUUUGAAAAAAAAAACAGCUUAUGUUGGUACCUGUAAGUAAAUUACCUGCAGUUGUACUCCAAGGGCAUAUUCAGUGUCAUUUUUAAUAUAGAUUACUAUAAAUACUAUUAUUUUAGUACAAUACUAUUUGGUAAUUUAACAACCUGUUUGCUAAUGUUUAAUGAGUCUUAAGACAUUUUCUUGCCAAAUAUUAGUUUUUUCCCCUGAACCAUUUCUUGAUUUUGAUUUGAUUUAUUAUUGUCACAUGUACCUAAGUACUGUCAAAAGAUUUGUUUUGUGUGCUGGACAGGCAGAUCAUAUCAUACAAAGUGCAUUAGGGUAAUAGAACAGAGCAAUAUUAAUGUUAUGACAGCAGAAAAAGGUGCACAGAGUGAGAUCAACAUUAAAUUUAAAAUUUGAAAAGUCCAUUUGUAAGUCUAAUAACAGCAGAGAAUAAGCUGUUCUUAAAUCUGUUUAAGCUUUUGUAUCUACUCCAUUAAAUAAUUUUGGAAUCAA